AUGCUUGGCGAGGUCGAUGGAGAUGAGCCCCGCGCUGCAGCCCAUCCCGCCGAGGUUGUAGCUCAUGACGUUCCCCCUAAGCUUGUAGUGGUUGACGAUCAUGGCGGAGAGCGACGGGGUCGGAUUGAACAGGCUGCAGUUCACGAUCAGGAUGCCGACGUCCUUGGGUUUCACGCGGGUCUUCUCGAAGAGUUCGUCGAGAGCGCCGAACAUCACCAUCUCCGCCUCCUUCCUGGCCUCCGCCAUGCAUGGGUUCGGAGGGACGUUGAGCACCGCCUCCGGGAGGUAGGUGGACUCCCCGAGGCCCGAUCUCUCCAUGAUUUUCCGCUGGAACUCCAGGUUCUCCUCCGUGAAGGUGCCCGUCAGCGUAGACCGCUCCAUGAAGAUCUUGCGAGUGCACUUGCGCGCGUCCUCGGGCUUGUAGCAGGAGAAGUCGACCAGGUAGACGGGACGCGGCCGGGUGAGGAAGUACAGAGUGGAGAGGAAGACGAGGAGGGUGGAGCAGAGGAUGACAGAGAUGAGGUUGUAGCGGAGGUGGUCCCAGAGCUCGCGGACGUCCUCGGGGGAGAGGGUGGAGAGCUGGGCGGCAAUGGCGCCGCCGACGGGUGCGAGGCAGAGGAACAUCCCGUGGGUGAUGAGGUAAUGGUACCCGAGUUUGACGUACUUGAGUUUAACGGAUUGCUUGAAGUCGGGAAGCCUGCGGGUCGACGCCGGCGGCGGAGGGGCGUCUCGCUGCGAGUCGGCGGCCAUGGCGGUGGGGCCGGCGGGGAAUAG